AAAAUCGAGUCAAAGGUCAGGAAAGUCGAGUCGGGUAAGGAUGAGAAGAAAUGAAGAACCUUGUGGAGAUGGUGGAAAAGGAGGGAUGAUGCUCUUAAAACACCUCACGAAAGUUGAUCUUAUUCCUCAUCAAUCCAGCCGCCAGGGGUUGGUAAGAUUAUCUUUCAAAACACGCAUUUGUUGAAAACCAUCUGAUUUCGGAGUUGGAUUCCAUUUUCUACAAUUCUCGAGAUACAUAUCUGUAUCUGCAAAUUCCUCGCAGUUCAGUCGCUUCAGUUUUUGAUCGGCUAAGCGAGUAAGAGUUAGACGAAAAUGGGAGUCGCUGCCAAAAUCGCACCCUCAAUGCUAUCCUCAGAUUUUGCUAAUUUAGCUUCGGAGGCCGAACGAAUGCUUAAAUUUGGUGCGGAUUGGCUUCACAUGGACAUUAUGGAUGGGCACUUUGUCCCAAAUCUGACAAUUGGUGCUCCUGUCAUCGAGAGUUUAAGAAAACAUACGAAGGCAUAUCUUGAUUGCCACCUUAUGGUUACAAAUCCUCUUGAUUAUGUUGAACCCUUGGCAAAAGCUGGUGCUUCAGGCUUUACAUUUCAUGUUGAAGUAUCCAAAGACAAUUGGCAGCAGCUAAUCCAAGAAAUUAAGUCAAAGGGCAUGAAGUCAGGGGUAGCGCUAAAACCUGGAACACCCAUUGAAGAAGUUUAUCCUUUGGUAGAAAGUGAAAAUCCUGUGGACUUGGUCCUUGUUAUGACAGUCGAACCUGGUUUCGGUGGUCAAAAGUUCAUGCCAGAAACGAUGGAUAAGGUACGAAAUUUAAGACAGAAGUACCCAUCUCUUGACAUUGAGGUGGAUGGUGGGUUGGGACCUUCAACCAUAGAUGCAGCAGCUUCAGCUGGGGCAAACUGCAUCGUUGCAGGAAGUUCGGUGUUUGGAGCUCCCGAGCCUUCGGAAGUUAUAUCCAUUCUGAGGAAUAGUGUUGAGGAGGCCCAGCAGAAAUCUUGAUCCUUUAACAAGCUUCAAUAAUCCGCCAUCAAAUCUUGUUUUACUUUUUGCAAUCCACAUGGGAUAUUUUUAGAUUGACAGAAGUUGAUUUGAUUCAAGUGGUGUCAGUGUAAUCAAAACUACCAUACGGUUUGUGAGCCCCCCAACCCCCACCCAAUAAACCACUAAUAGAAGCAGAGGGAUAACAAGUUGAUCUAUAUUUUGUAUUUGUUUUUGCUUCUAGUGGAAAACUUUAUGUAUACUUCCUAUGCAAUAAGAGGAUUUUUGAAUAAAUUACAAAGAGUUAUAAAGCUUCUUUACUUUUA